AUGUCUACCGAAACGUCAUGUCAAUAUCCAAUUCAAAUCACAAAUAUUCAAAUUUCAACUUACUUAGGUCCGAAUGAACGAGCCGUUAUUACUGUCAAUUUCGCUAACAUAUCUAGACGAUCAUAUGGUAUGUAUACAGAUUUGGUUGAUGCAUUCGUUCUUGAAAAUCAUCGAAAUGAUAUUCGAGUUGUACCUGUUUUUGUAUCAAAUAUUCAUACCAAUGUACUUCUAAUGACGAACUCUCGUGUCGAACGAGUGGAAUUGCUUGCAUAUUAA